UCAUUUUGCCUUGUAUUGUUGUAUUGGUGUGUCAAAAGUCUCUUUAUUAAUCUUAAAGUUCGCUCUAGUGUAAGUGUCAAAAAUCUCCUUAUUAAUCUUAAUGUACACAAAUUAGAAUUAGUAUCAAAACUCUCCCUAUCAAUCUAUACCCUUUUGUCAGUACAAAACAAAAAAAACUAAAAAAAAAAAAAACGCUCAUUAGUCUUUGUCCUUGUAUUAGUACAUGUAUCAAAAUUCCUUUAAGUUAUCCCAAUCAUUGCCCUUGAGUUAAAAUUGUCCUCAUUAAUCUCUGUGCAUGCGGUAGUGUCAAAAGUAUCUCACCUGAUGCGAAUACACAGAAUUGAGACGCUGCAAACACCUUAUUUAAAUUACAAUUGAGUCUCACAAACAUUAUCUCCAGUGUGCCUGCUACAUCAUAACACGUUUCAGUUCAAUUGCCACUCGCUGACGUCUGUCGUCUAUCAACAUAACUUGUAAACUGGAUUAAUUAUUUAUCAGUUUCUAAGAGAAAGCGAAUGGCACUGGGCAUAGCAAUACAAUAUCGUAAUAACAACAAUUGUGUCAAGUCCAUGUUAAACGUGCGGUACAUAUUUUCAUUGUAGAUAUUUAUUGUUGUCAUGAAUAUUGUUCACGGAUAGUGGCAAAAAAUCAUAAUAAAGAAUUGGAAAAUAAUGUUUGCCUUUCAUGGCUGGAUAAAUUGUUUACCGGGUACUGAGGCUGGAUAAAUUGCUUACCGGGUACUGAGGUUGGAUAAAUUGCUUACCGGGUACUGAGGCUGGAUAAAUUGCUUACCGGGUACUGAGGACGCUGUUGGAAUCAACAAUUAGAAUGCUAGAACGGCACGCUGUUGGAUUACUGUAUGAUUUUAACAAUUAGUAUUAAGUGUACAUUGACUAUUAAUGAGCAGAUCGUAUGGAUUUAUACACGCUGAUCCCAUUUACCUUUUUAAACUAUGCAGGCAUCAGGCCAGGGUGUGCACGUUGAAGAUGUGUCUAGAACCAAAACAUUAGGAAAAGCAGACGAUAAGAAAAAACCAUCAAAGAUGACGAACGAUCACAAAUCUGGUACACCUUCACCGCAAAAUAACACUGGUUCGAAAUCUGCCGUGAACAGUAUUGGUAGACCGCCAACAACCAGCAUUCUGAGAAGUGCCUUGUACUAUCAAAACAGAAUAAUAAUACCUGAAAAGAAGCGUUCGCCGACACAGACGACUGCGAACGCGCCAAAUGAACCGCGCACGAUAAGCGCACCAAAUGCAGUAAUUGGAUCCGGAGCGAAAGCGAGACCUACAAGUUUGCAACAGAAUUCCAAUAGUGCUAUUUUUAGACCGGCAACAAAUGCCAGUGCUUCCAUAUCGAAUGUUAGAACUAUUCAAGGAAAUAACGUUCCGUUAGCAGACGACACAAUGGAUACGGCGGGAAUUGAUAUUGUUGUAACGGAUACGGAAAAUAAUCAACACAGAGUGAAAAAGAAAAAGUCAAUUUUUAAAAGAUUUUAUUUGUGCUUACAGGAUAACCGUAUGAAAGGAGAACCCAAUGCAGAAGAAAUUUUAGCCAGCUCAAAUCCACAAGAAUAUAGGAUAUUAAAAAAAGUGUUAAAUACUACGUUUUUAAGCGUUGGAAUUGCCUUAUUGGUAGCAGUCUUAAUUGUGAUAAUUUAUUCAAGUAUAGACUCCUAGUAGCGUAACAUGAAAGUUGACUUGGUCAUUUUUUUCAACUGUACACAGGACUGACUCUACGUCGAUUUUCUUAGUUGUACAUUUGAGUCAACAUAAUUUCUGCCAGAAACAGUGAAGUCUGAUACACUGACGUCGGACUUACUGACGUCGGAUUUACCGAUUUCGGAUACACUGACGUCGGAUACUUUGCUGUCGGCUUUACUGAAGUCCGAUUCACUGACUUCGGAUACACUGAUGUCGGCUUUACUGACGUCGGAUACAGUUACAGACUUCAAUUUAAAUCACUUUUAAAUAUGCACGUUAUUUUCGUGAAAUAUUUUGAAGUGGUACAAGUUAAUUUUUUAUGUCUAUGAAGCUCAUAAACUGUGAUGAUAUUAUGUCUAAUAAAAGGCGCAGGUGUGUAAAUAACUUUAUUUAAAUUUCAUUUCACAGUGCUCAAAUUACGGGAAACGCUUAAACGCAAUAUUGUGCAUGGUGUUUUCAACAUAUUCCACGAUGUCUGUUGUCAUUCCAAUAAUUUCAUUACAUUUAUGUUUCCUGAUGAAAAUGAAGUAAUUAAAUAUACGAAGUUAAAAUGGAAUAUAUUAGGCUUGAACGCUGGGUGCUGGGAACAUACUUUUGUAUUAACCCGACACUCUUCCUCGAAAGUGAUUGUACAUAUCAAAAGUUGAACAAAAAUCUAGUUGUCUAAUGUAACAGUACAAAUAAUGUAUUUCUUUCUCAAACUGAGUCUAAAAAUCUAAGUUUGAAAUACUAGUAAACAUGGUAAACCAACACCGGAAUGCCUCACACUGCGGAGUGAUAGUUGGAAUAUUACAACAUGAUUUAUUUAAAAAGUAUUAACAUUGGAAGUUGAAAGAACAUCAAAGAUACAACAAAGACAAUUAAGAUUUAGGCCUGAUAGAAAUAUUCUGAAUUAUUCAUUAUAAUUUAUUAAGAGAAAUUUUCAAAUAAAACUAACGCUUGCUCGACAAUACAAUGUGAGGUCCAUGUUCUCAUACUGACCCUAUACCCUUCACAAAAAUGGUAGAAUUUAAAACGUAUGCUGUGCUGGACUAUAUAAAGAAGGAAACUAUUGACACUACAAACAAGAUGAAAUAGCUAUAUAUUAAUCAACAUACAAAUGAGUCAGAUGAACGAUAGCAGCAGGCAUGAAUAUUAUUUUCUGCUUUCUGCUAUAUGAAAUCUGCUGACCCGAGAGUUGCAACAUUUCUCGAGAUCACACUGGCUCGCCAGCUUUGACCGUCAUCACGUCAUAUCAGUGUGUUGUACAAACGCAUUUCAGCAGAGUAUUUCGUCAAUUGGAGAUUUCUUUCUUUUAAAUUCUAUUUAAUAUCGUAAAACAAAAAAAUAGUGUAAAGUUUAUAUCUGGACCUUGCAGAAUAAAGCUGCAAUUUAUGAAAAACCAUUUUACGGAAAAGGUGAAUGAAACAGUUAGUUUGAGAUACGGAUUACAAAAUUCCAAAUCCAAAAAGAAAAAAAAAAAGAGAAAAGAAACAAAACACGACUUUAAACCGAGAUGAAAUUAUAUAAAUGACGUGCUCAGUAAUCUGAGUAAUAUGAUAUACAGUCGUACGCGUAAUCAGUUCUGUACUUUUGUUUGCAAAGUAGUCCGCAUAUUGUGAAUGUAAAUGUAAGUAUACAAAAAAAUUGAUCACUAGUACUUGCCGAAGUCCGGUUGGGAGUGAUUGGUUACUGAUCUUCUUAUUCCUAAUCUCCCGUAAUGACAUUCGGCAGUUUCCGUGUGAUUACGUAAUGUCCGUAUCCAGUAUCCAACUUCGGCAUUGUUCGUCCGUCACAAGCACAUUGAUUUCCGUGCUUGUAUUACAUACGGAAAAUACGUAAUUAAACGAAUUGUCAUUACGGACCAACGAACUUAAUUCAAUAUGUAAAUGAUCAAACCAGUGUUAAUUAAUGAUAAAUGUUGCAGUCAGCUGAACAUAAACUUGUGUGAAUUCCAAUCCCUGGCGCAAGCCGUAUUACAGUACAUUUUUUUUUUGUAUAUUCAAUUGCUUUUAAAAUAUUGUUACAUAUUUUAGUGAGAACAUCAUUUGCUACUUUAAUUAGUUAACAUUACAUUUAGUUUGCGCGUCUUAGAUUGAAAUAAAAAGUGUAUAAACUAAUCAUAUUUUCAACCAUAUUUUCAAAUAUUUCAUUUGUUUUAUCAUUUAUUUCAUAAUAUUCACAAAAUAUAUUUGUAAUUUUGUAUAUUUUGCAUAAAGGUCUUUUUUCUUAUUAUUGCUCAAAUAAAAGUAUAAAGUGCGAUAACAGUUGUUCCUGUU